GCUUGUUUGCUUCUCCAGCAUUCGUCGUCGAUGGUGAUCACAGUGGUGGCAGUGACACAGGUAAACAUGUUCACACCCAAAACACAUUGAGAUUCAUUUCGAUUAUCAAUCUUCAUAUUUACGUAGCUUGCUAUCUCAGCCCAAACCAAUGAAAUGAUUGAAUGAUUAGAUAAGGACACAGCUUCCCUGUUUUUGUCAGAGUAUCUUGGAAAGGAAAUGGUACUAAGCUUUCUUUGGUUGAUUCCAGAAAUGAGUUUAUGCAGGCCCCCUAAAGUAUUUGCCCUUGAUUCCCUUUUAUUUCAGCUUGACUUUCCUUAAAUGAUGCCCAAAUCGUCCUGAAUGUUAAGAAUACUGAUCUUCUCUAAAUCUCUCAAUGUGAUGUGGAAAACAAAAUGUUUGGUACACACAGUCAUUCUGCAUAUGCUUGGAUUCAUAGCUAAUUUUAUUCUCAGAUUUUUGUGAAGUGCCUAAAGCAUUUAACUCAGUAUGUUAUACUCACAAGUCCACCCACCUAUAGGAUUAUUUUUAACUUUACCAUUUUGCAAUAGUCUUGCACAGGAUGAACUUUGUUGUUGUCUCAAAAAGUGAGGUUGAUGUCAUCAUUGUUGUAGCUGGUCUUUCCGCAACCGUGGUCAGGAUACUCCACAACGUUCUUUACGUUUAGAAUUCUGAAUUUCUCACAGAAUUCCACAACGUUCAAAUGCUCAAGAUUGCCAUCAUCGGCUUUGGCAACUUGGGUCAAUCCCUUGCCAAGACCUUUGCCCACCUAGGACACAUUGUUCUUGCACAUUCUAGAUGUGAACACUCCAAAAUGGCCCAAGACCUCGGCAUUUCAUAUUUUUCUAACCCGCAAGAACUCUGUGAACAGAAUCCACAGGUCAUUUUGCUAUGCACCUCCAUAAUAUCCACAGAAUCCGUCCUCAAAUCUUUACCUCUUCAGAGCCUUACACAUGACACAUUGUUUGUUGACAUGCUUCCUGUCAAGGAGUUUUCAAAAGCUUUGUUACUGAAGAUGUUGCCUAGCAAUCUAGCUGUUGUUUGCACCAACCCGAUGUUCGGAGUUGAAAGAGGCAAACAUGAGUGGAAUGGCAGUUUUUUGGUGUACGAAAAGGUUCGAAUUGGCUCUGACAGUGUGGGGAUUUCGUUGUGUGAUAACUUCUUAAACAUCUUUGAGAAAGAAGGAUGUAGAAUGGUGGAAGUAAGCUGUUCUGUUCAAGAUAAGUAUGUAGCAGGCUCGCAGUUUAUUACCCACACAGUUGGGAGAGUCUUGGAAAAGUUAACAUUGGAAUCGACGCCAAUAAAUACAAAAGGUUAUGAGACAUUGUUGGAUUUGGUGGACAACACAGCUGGGGAUAGCUUUGAUUUAUAUUGUGAGUUGUUCAUAUACAAUAAAAAUGCAUUUGAGAUGUUUGACAGGUUGGACUUGGCUUUUAACACUUUGAAGAAGCAACUUUUUGGUCAUUUGCAUGAUAUUGUGAGAAAGCAACUAUUUGAUAGUGCAGAGAAGGUACAUGCGGAGUACAUGGUGUGUAAUCCAUCCCACAAUGGAGCUGCCUUGAGGUCGCAUUCUCAGGUACUUAACCAAAAAGCACAUAUAUCUGAACACUAUGAUGACAAGUCGAUGCUCAAGAUUGCAAUUGUUGGUUUUGGGAACUUCGGUCAGUUCCUUGCUAAAACUAUUAUACGUCAAGGUCAUAAAGUUCUAGCCUAUUCUCGAUCAGACUACUAUGAUGUGGCUCAAGAGAUGGGGGUAAUUUACUUAUCCGACGUUGAGGCUCUUUGCGAAGAGCAUCCAGAAGUGAUGCUCUUUUGUACCUCUAUCCUUUCAACCGAGAAAGUUCUCAGAUCAUUUCCAGUUCAGAGGUUGAUGAGGAAUACAUUGUUUGUUGAUGUGCUUUCAGUUAAAGAAUUUCCAAGAAACUUGUUUCUUCAAAAGUUGCCGUUGGAUUUUGAUAUUCUCUGUACGCAUCCUAUGUUUGGACCAGAGAGUGGUAAAAAUGGGUGGAAUGCUCUUCCUUUUGUUUAUGAUAAGGUCAGGGUGGGAAGUGAUAAAUCAAGGGUAUCACUCUGUGACCGAUUCCUUGAUAUCUUUGCUCUAGAAGGGUGCCGAAUGGUUGAAAUGUCUUGUUCAGAGCAUGAUAGGCAUGCAGCAGGGUCACAAUUCAUUACGCACACCAUAGGAAGGGUUUUGGAAAAGCUGGGUUUGGAGUCAACACCUAUCCUUCCAAAUGGUUACAAGGCUUUAUUGAAUUUGGUGGAGAAUACAGUAGGAGAUAGUUUUGAUCUUUACCAUGGCUUGUUCAUGUAUAAUGUAAAUGCAAUAGACCAGCUGAAUAGAUUGGACAUGGCUUUUAACUCGUUAAAGGAACAGUUUUUGAGGCGUUUGCAUGGUGUUGUCCAUAGCCAACAUUUCGAGAAUGCAAGCAGAACCUUGUUGCCAAAUCAUCCAGAGAAUGCAGCUCCACUGAGAAGAUGAAUUGUAUAGGGAAAUUGGAAGGACAGGAUGAAUCCUUUGCUUUGCACAAGAUGAUAGACACAGUGUUUGGAGCAGACAUGAUGGCUUUGAUGUGAAGGAGGAUAAAGCCCUUUCAUUAUGUGAUGGUAAAAGAUGAGUGCCUUGUUCUAUUGUUUUGAUGAGUUCAAAUAGAUGGAGGUUUUGCUUAUCCAACUUGGUUCUUGCCAGUAAAUAAAACCUAGUUUGUUUGGUAAAAUGAGCUCUAUUUUAGGGGCAUGGGAGAUUCUGCUAGAAUUAUGUCCCCAUCUUGUGAACAUCAACAUUGUUGAAGAUUUUUCGCCAUCAGCGUCAACUUUCUUUCAGCAUUGUACGGUGGUAACACUGUUGGGUCUCGUACAUUUUCAAAACUGUACGGUGGUAACACUGUUGGGAUCAAAAUUGUACAUCUGAUG